UUCAGCAGAUUUGAACGUGCUGCGAAAGACAUGCAGAACUACAGACAGGACUACCCUAGCCAAAUCAAGACACAGCACAGGAAGAAGAACACAAAUGACGACAAGUCUAAUCUGAAUUUCUACCUUGGAAAGAAACAAUCGGUGCCAGACGGUGUCAGCAUAACUGAGUUCCAUAAAAACUGGUAUAAAGACUAUGAAAGACUUGAGUACGUGCACACAUAUAUUCAGUGGUUGUUCCCACUGCAAGAACCAGGAGUGAACUAUGAGGCCAGUACACUGACAAAGGAAGAAAUUAGGGUAAACCUGUGAAAGUUACCAAGUUAUAAUUUAAAAUUAAAACAUGUCUUAUACACUGAUAGAGGUUCGAUGUUU